AGUCACCACUUCUUCUCUUCCUGCUCCAUCGAGACAACACAGGAACGCUCUGGCUCCCAUUCCAAGCAUGGCUAGCCAUCUAGAGUCUUGAGCCGACAAACAUCUGCCGGUGAAAUCAGGGUCAAAUAAUGGCCGCGAAGCUAAACGCGGCUGCCUCAUCUUCAGUUUGUGCGACAAUCGGUGCGAGAUUGACUAAGGACAGUUGGAAAUACUUACAUCUGCAUUGUGAGAUGAUGGGUUGUCUAGCAGCCCGGCCAGUUUUUCCCGAGUGGACAUGGAUUAUGCAACAACAUCUGAAGAAAGCUGGGAAGAUAGAUAACUGAUGACAAGGAGGAUCGCAGAGUGAUCGGGUUACUUACAGGAGCACAGGACCAUCUCGCUACUUGAACCAAAAUUGCAUGCAGCUCCUGUCCAAGAAAAUUGUAAUGCCGAGUACAAAGAAGUGGUUUCUAGUCUCCAUGAUAUUGCAAAAGAGAAAAAAUGUACACACGGUACAGGUGAAGCAACUGCGCACAUUAGAGAGCAAAGGAGAGUCUGUUCACAAAUUGUUCUAGAAAAUAUGUUACUCUUCUAAGUACACUAAGCUUCUAGCCUUCUAGGUACCCAUCUCUGAAACUAGCGACUGGAAUCAUCCUUUUAAAGGAUUUGCUAAUCAUACAAACAUAUUUUAGUUUACAAACAAGUACAAAUGUACAUCAAUGAAAAAAAUAGAACUGAGGCCUGCUUCUUUACAACUACAGCAAAAAAAGGGUCAUAAAUGUUUGAGAAUCAUUUAGUAUGAUAAACAAGAGUAUAAGAUUGUACAUACAGAAAGUAUAAGAACAAUAUGGUGACCAAAGUGGAUGAAAAAAAUGGGCAUACAUGGCAGCUCCGACCUAUCUUGUUUUCCAUCACCUAAACAUGACAGCACCAACCCACAAGGCUGCAACCUGUGGUUCUCACCAAUGAAAAGACCUGAUUAAAUUAAAUAAUGGCUUGAGCAUGCAAUUAUGCAAAGAGCCACCAUACACACAGCACCACACGGCUGGUUCUUGAUGCCAAUUGCUGGAACAUGGUAAUUGAUGGCUCAUCUCGGGGACAACAAACACACUAAUAGAUGCACUGAACAUGAGACGACUUUAGCUUUUGUAAUCGAUAUUCAGCUGCCAGAUCUCGAGCUAUAGGAGACAGCAUCUGGGGGAUGAAAUGGCACGAUUCUUCGUGUCUAGAAAUCAAAUACUCCUGGUUGUAUACUUCUGUGUAUAUAUAGGGCUCAGCAGAAUGUAGACGCAUCAAACCAAAAGGCUCUCUUUCUUCAGCUCCUUUCUUCACCCACAAUACAGAGAAAAGCUUCAAGAUCAGAUAUGGCUUUCCCCCUAAGAUCGAUAAGUUUGCCUUCUAGGCCUCACAUCAGUCAGGCGGAAGUUGAACAAGAGCUGCUGAGCCUAGAGGCUAGCAUCUCUUCCUCCAUUACCAUCGGCACAAUGUGCGAGGGUCUUAUGAGGCUUGGAAACAUCUACAAUGGUGUUGAAGAAAUCAUUGGCCUACCAAGCAACCAAGUAUGCUCCGCCCAGGAGAGGAAGAUGUUGGAUGGAGAAAUGGAAGGUUCUCUCGAGCUACUAGAUCUCUGCAGCACCAUGCAAGAGAUCUUCGUCGAGAUGAAAACCAUUAUCCAAGAGCUGCAAGUGGCACUAAGAAAAGGAGCUGAAGCAGCUUCUCAAGCCAAGAUCCAGUCUUACACUCUCUUGACGAAGAAGGCCAAGAAACAUUUCAAGAAGACCGCGAAGAAGGCUACUUCUGAAGGUUGCAGCAUGGUCAUGCUAUUGAGCAAGGCUAGAGAGGUCUCUAUCUCUCUGCUGGAAUCCACAGUCCUCCUCUUGUCAAAGCAAAUUGAAAUGCGCAAACAGUCUCUUAUCUCCAAGGCAUUUCACAAGACGAAGAAGCCAGUUGUUUGUGAGGAGGAGCAAUUGCAGGAGUUAGAGUGCAGCAUCGCAGAUCUUGAGAACGGAGCAGGACAUCUGUUCAGGAAGUUAGUUAAACAUCCUUAGCUCAUAGAUACUCCACAUCACUCUUAGUGACCUGUGAUUGGCAUCCGCCUUUUUGAGGAUUAGCCAAUCUUGAUACAGUUUUCCAGUAUGUAUACAGUAUACAGUACAAAUGUACAGAAUAUACAGAGAGAAAAGGCAAAGUUUUGAUCUAUUUCAUGUUUAAUGUUCUCUUUAUACUUUCUUGAUAUCGA